ACGACUGACGGGCGUUCGCCAUCCGACUUGCGGUCGAUGAUAGAUAACUAGGUCUGUGCUCGCCAAUCAGCUGGACAAUGAUUGAUUAUAGUUGCACUUGGACAGAUGUCCACAAUACCACACCCCUAUAAAUACCACGCCCCUACGGAUACGUGUUCACAAAGUCAAAGAUGGCGCCCAGGAAGAAAGGAAGAAAAGGUGGCCAGACAAAGGUGCCAGAAGAGUGUGCAUCCGUACAUGAAGAAGUGGUAGAAGAGGAUGAUGAUCUCGAGAAAGAGGAGGACGAACCUGCCGAACCAACCUACAAAGUUGAAGACGCAAUAGCUGAUUUCUUUGAAGCCAACCCCCUAUUCUAUGAUAAGGGUCAUCCGGAUUUCAAAAACAAACAGAAGAAGAAUGCUCUGAUGGAAAAGUUUUCCAAGACGUCGGGCCUGGGGAUCAAACUUGAGGACAUCGCCCGCAAGUUCAAGUCUCAUCGGACGGAAUACGUGAGACUGAAAAGGUUGAAAAAGGGGAAGUCCGGGUCUGGUAAAGUGUUGCUGACGAGCCUUCAGCGCUGGAAACUGGAACGCUACCAGUUUUUGGAUCCCUUCUGUGUUUCAAAACUACCAGAGGACCUGGGAUCUAUUUUCAACACUGAAAACUCGGAGGAAGGAAUCGAAGAGGAGGCGGAGGAGGAUGGGAACGUUGUGGCCGGAACAUCGACAGGGGGGACAACUCCCUGUGGCUCCCACGCUAUUGGGUCCAAGGGUGUGAAGAGGCCUAAUUCUAGUGACAACCCAAACAGCAAGAAGAAAGCGGUCACCACUUCUAGUCUGUCUGACGUCUUGGCAAAGUUCCUGCAUGACACUGAGAAGGAGAAGAGCAGGGCACAAAAAGAAGUGGAAAACCUCGCCAAGGAGAGUCAACAACCGGUAGAUGAAAGGUUUGCAUGGAGUCAGUGGCUCACCUCGACUUGCUUUCGUGUCCCACCGGCCCACUUCUACCAGUACCAGAGGGAGACCUUCGAAACGACCAUGCGCUGGCUACCUAACGAACCAGCGGCACUGCCGGGGAGACCAAUGCCAGGCCCCCCAGUCUUGGCGCCACCACGGCACUACACUCCUCACCAAGGAUAUACUCCACUGCAGCCGCCGACACAGCACAACACACCCGACUUUGCUCAACUGCAUGGAGAAGAGCAACAGCAUUCUGUAAUGGGCUGGAUGCCUGCUGCCCCGCAGGCCAGACAGACAGAGGACCACCCUGCAGGGACCUAGAGUAUUUACUCCCGCCUUGGCUACGAUGACUUCGACUCCAUCUGUAAUGCGGAAACAGUAGGCUGCAGGGAGUGUGACAUGUGAAACACCACCCUGGAAGUACCGACAAAAAUAACAAGCGGUUUCUUACCAACAGUAUGAUAAAUAGCGGCAUGUAUUAGCAUUGACAAUAUUUGUUGUAUUUCCCUUUUAUUUCUCUUUCAAGUUUUAUUCCAUCAAGCAUGAUGUGAGAAGAAGUCGUUCUGUUAACAAGCUGUAAACAAGCUGAUUACAAACAGUAAGGAUUAAUGGCGGCAGUCAUCAGCAUUGUCAAUAUUUGUUUUAUUUUCCUUUUCUUUCCCUUUCAAGUGUUAUUCAAUAAAGCAUGAUGUGAGAAGAAGUCUUUCUGUUACUUUUGUUACUUUUUGCCAUCUCUAUGGUACAUCUCUCCUGUACACUUGCCAAUAUUUGUGAAGAAAUUAAAACUUCUUCAUAUAAUGAAAUCUUGCUUUAUCUCAGUGUCACUUUUCUAUCACUAAACACAUACAAACCAUGAAAUAAAAAGUAAUCAUAAAGCGACACAUCUGUUAAAGGGAAGAUUUUUUUGCCCGUAUUUCGGUUGUGAAUCAUCAUUUUUAACUUCUAAUUUUUAAGUAUUAC